ACAGCCCAGCUGCCCAGCUCCUGCUGCUUCUUCGCUCCCCCCGCGGUCAUGAAGCGCAAAGACCGCUCGGAGAGUCCGGUUCAGCCAACGGCGAAGCCCAAGCCCAAGUCGGGGCGCUGCAGCUUGCGAGGUGUGGAUGGAUGGAAAGAUGUGUUGGGCUUCGAAGAGCUUGGGGUGAGAGUGGCUGGCAAGUGCAACAAGAAGCUGCCCAAGAAACUUGGCUUGAUGUUUGGAUGAAAUGCCAUCGAAAGUCUAAGUCUCAGCCGCACCCUGAAGGCUUUGCAGACCAAUCUAUUGGACUAGCAUAUGUGCUCAUCUGAAUUCAACGACGGCAGGGCUGGGGUGUUUUUUGUUCUUGACACUGAUCAGAAUGGCACGGCAUGUCCCGAAAGGACACAGUCCUGGUGCUUUGUGCCGCUCCUGUUCAGCGCCCUAGGCACCAUUUGGUCGUGCGGGACGUGGUGGUCUCCGACGGCAAAGUGCCUGGCCAUUUGGUGACCUCUACAACAAGCACAGAGACGCAGAUUGAGAGCGCCCAGGACUUCUGGGAGCGGCUCUUUUCGCAUUGGCCGCAGUGGCGCCGGGAGCUGCGGAGCGUGAUCCAACGGGACGAGGAGAAGUUUAUCCAAGAGAUGCUUCCGAAGGUCAUGGGUGCCCGGAGCUGGACGACCUCGUUGGUCUAUGGCGAGCCCAAAGACUUUGGGCGCCUUCCGCAUCCGGCAGGGCGAAAUCAAGACCGCAUCCUCUCCAUGCUGCCGGCAGAUGUCCAAAACCAAAUCUUCGCAUCUGUCGCCACACUGACGUCCGAUUGAGUGCUACGCACCGGCGCCCCGAGCGAUUGGAGAAGAUUGAGAAGAUCGGAGCGCGGCUAGCGAAGCGCUCAUGAGGUGGUCAUAUCAGGCAAAAACAGUGAACAUUCUAUUUUGCCGGUUAUGAAGAAGCAGAGCAAGCAGAUCUGUGGAUAUGUGCAUCAAGACACUUGAAGAUAAACCAAUUGAAAGAAUUGGUUGGGAGUGUGAACGAGUAGAACUUUGCAUUUUGGCGCGGAAUAGCCGCGAUCGACGAUGCUAUAGUAUACGGCGGGGUUUGAAUGUUACUGUAUGUUUUUUUUGUUUCAGAAUAUGAAGCCGCCUGAAAAAACUGUUCUCAGUUCUCAGGCUCAAAGUGGCAACAUCAGAAGGUGCACCUUCUCACUUUCUGAAAGGAUCGAAUGGAUCCGAGUUGGCCAAGCAGUAAGGCUGCUGAA